CCGCUGUUGCCGGCCGCUAGCCCCCUGUAUUUACAGCGUGCGGCCGCCAUGUGAUGGCGUAGUCCGCAUACAAAGAUUUAGCCUACACCGCGUCAUGUGUUUUUCUUGCUUCUUAUUAAUUUGGGAUUGAUUGCACAAAUUUCUCACUUCAUUCUCUUGGAUGCCUCUUCUUCAGUCUAUUUUUGUUGAAUAAAUCUACCGGAGACAUACAUAUAUAUUGAAUUGUGGCGCCAAGGGACUCUCUUAUAUCUGCGGUUCAGCUAUCUGCCGUUCAACGGGCCACGGAAUAUCCACCUCGCUCUCGCCAGCUCUUCUUUUCUUCCCGCACCAUCACUCUCUUCCACCGCCCAGUGGCCGAUUUCAAACCUCGACCGACACAAGUCUUCUUGUGAGAAAUCUGUUGCCAUGUCUCUCGUCGACGAGAAACGGCCGAUCCCAGCGCCGCAAGCUCAACAGCCAACAGAAGCGGCCGUCGGCAGAUCACAAACACCGCCGCCGUACUCUGGUCCGUCGCCCGCCUCACCCAGCGAAGAGAACACACAGUUUGCGCAACCCAGCUCGACGGUUCACAAGGGUUUUCCUCGAUAUCCUGGCCUCCCCAAAAUUGACUACAGAAUCUAUUCACCUCCCCUCUUCAAGCUCUCUCACGACCUUACGACGCUCUCAUCUAAAGCUGACUACCUAUCUACUAAUGCCUCUGCACUGUUGUCGUUGAUGCGAACACAAGCAUCUGUGCCACCCAAACCACAAAUCCAAAUUCGAGGCACAAGCGGUAGAAAGGUUGAUUUUGAUGUCAAAGUCAAUCUUAUGCCGUUGCUCCUGCCCGACGAUGAGCGAUUACGAAUGGACUACAUCCGCUGCGUCGGCCACGACGAAGUAGCCUAUCGCGGCGGCUCGAGACCCGAUGUUUUGCCCGAGGUUGGCGACGGCGGACUCGAAGAAUGGUGUCGUAGAUUUGUCGAGGACGGCUCCAGUGUCAAAUCGUUUACUUUGGAGCGCGUUGUUGCCAACUUGGAUGUGUCAUGGCUGGAAGGCCAGCUGCGCAGUCUGGUUGCGUCUACAAAAUACCGUGGAAGUGUUGAUGUCAGCUUCAUCGUCUCGCAUAGCAAGGUUCAGGUGCAAAAUCCCGACAAGGUCAAUCAAUUCUUCACAAGCGUUGCCAGCCUAUUCUCUGGGAAGAACCGCUACGAGGUCGUCAAAGUCGUCUGGCCGUUUGCUACGACGAAAAACGGAGAGCCCAACCGAAAAUGCUUGGUUCAAUCGGAAGAGGUAUGGUGGCGCGAAUGGAGAGAUCCCAUCCGAUAUGCCAUUUCACAGAAACGCCAGGGCUGGGUAACGGUCGAGGACAAGCUGGAAACGGUCAUGGAGGGCAAAGGAUCGAGUUCCGAGCUAAUCGAUUGGGGUCCCGACUACUCGACGUAAAGACAGAGGAGCAAUAUUUUGGCUGCUGUGUUCUGUUUAUACCCAUCUAAUGAUCUCAUGUAAUACUAUAAUCUACCUUUACCAUUUAGAGCUUUCGCCCCUAGCACGUCCUUUUCUGCCUCGUCAGUGGAUAGCAUAUUAGAGUGAGUCAUCCGGAGUGAUGGUAGCUGGCCAGGACUCCUUUCUCCCUUUGCGCAUUAUUGGUUCGAAAUUCAGCUUCUUUAAUGAGUAAGGCUAUUUCGACUGUCGUAACUCACCAGAAAUUUCAUGCAGCGUGAGUCAUCACACUAUUUCUGUACCAUGGUGUGGCAGUGCCUCACUACACGAGGCUGAACGGGCCAUAGCGCUCCACCUGCGAAACCAGGAAAAGGCAUCCAGGCUCACGGACCUUACAUUCAAUAGAUAAAUAUAUAAUAUUCUGC